UAUCAACUUCGUGAUUGUAAGUUUACUUCUUCUGAAAUGUCGCUGUAAUUUUGGCUAUAUGGCUGUAUUUGGUGGUUUCGGUUUGUUUGGAGAUGGUGUGCCAGAAGGGUUUCCUCGUCCUGGCGGUGGCGUUUUCAGACAGACAUACAGAGCUUUCUCUGUUCUUUUAUUGCCAGGAGCUGAACGGCAAGACGUAGAACGAGGAGGGAAAAUUAUAAUGCCGCCAUCGGCUUUGGAUCAGCUUACUCGUCUUAAUAUCGUCUAUCCCAUGUUGUUCAAACUUGUAAAUGAAAAGUCGAAUAGGGUGACUCACUGUGGAGUAUUGGAAUUUGUAGCUGAUGAAGGUCGAAUUUAUCUUCCUUAUUGGAUGAUGCGUAACUUACUGUUGGAACAAGGUGAUCUCAUUCAGCUAGAGAGCACAGCAUUACCAGUUGCCACAUUCUCUAAAUUCCAACCCCAGCAAACAGAAUUUUUGGACAUCACUAACCCUAAAGCUGUUCUUGAGAAUGCAUUGCGAUCAUUUGCAUGCUUAACGAAGAAUGAUCUUUUGGCUAUACAAUACAACAACAAGACGUAUGAAUUAAUGGUGAUGGAGGUAAAACCAAGGGAUGCCGUGUCAAUUAUUGAAUGUGAUAUGAAUGUUGACUUUGCUCCACCUGUUGGCUACAAGGAGCCAGAAUAUGUCAAGCCAAAACCUAUCACUAAUGAUGUAGUGGCAGAUGGAGUUGCUGUUGUGGAUGACCAAUUUCGAGCUUUUACUGGUGCAGGACAGCGUCUUGAUGGUAAGAAACCAAAGCGUUUGCCAGCAGUUGCAUCAGUUUCUACUAGUGGUCCAAGAAGAGGUAUUCCAAACUAUGACUAUAAGAAAGGAAAGCUCACUUUUCCUAAAGCUGCUUCAAUAUCAAAAGUUGAAGAACAAGGAGAAAGUGCAGAGUGUAGUACAUUUGAGCCUUUCUGUGGACAGGGAGCAACAAUUAGACAGAAGAAGAAACACUGACAGUGUUACAUACAGAGAACAUUGUAAUGAGUAACAAGUAUUUGCAAAGUUGACUAACAUAUGAUGUAAAACAAGAUAUUAGCAGGGAA